GAUGGGGCACUAUUCCUCCCACUGACACCAAUGAUGGGGCACUAUUCCUCCCACUGACACCAAUGAUGGGGCACUAUUCCUCCCACUGACACCAAUGAUGGGACACUAUUCCUCCCCCACUGACACCAAUGAUGGGACACUAUUCCUCCCCCGUUGGUGUCAUGGGGGGAGGAAUAGCGCCCCAUCGUUGGUGUCAGUGGGGGAGGAAUAGCUCCCCAUCGUUGGUGUCAGUGGGGGAGGAAUAGCUCCCCAUCGU